AUGUCUCAACAGGCCCGUGGCAAGAUGGCAGUGGAUUCACUAAGCCAUGUUGCUGGCGCGUUGGUGAUCCUAACAAUCUGCUACUUCCUAGCAGCACACAUUCUACGCUCGUAUCGCAGCAGAAACAAGUUACCUCUUCCACCAGGACCACGCGGGCUUCCUCUCAUCGCCAAGCUUCCUGAGGUGAUAGCAGCAAGCAAGACCGGUGAACAACAUCUCCUCUUCCAGCGAUGGGCGCGCGAAUAUGGCGAUGUCUACAAAAUCGAGUUGAGUCCGUUCACACAGUACAUGGUCAGCUCAGACGUCGCAGUCAAGGCCAUUUUCGACAAAUUCGCAGCAACAUCUUCGAACCGACCUCACUGGAUCGUCAGCCGUGAGCAUAUCUGCAAUAAUUGGAACGUCCUACUUUUGAACGCGAACACACCCAGAUGGAAGCAGCAACGCAAAGUCACUUGGGCGAAUGUUGGCAGCGUACCAAAGGCAGACGCCGCUCUACCCUUUCUGCACUACGAGACGCUCAAGUUCAUGCAUGAUGUGGUGAAUGAUCCUGCUAUACACGAAUCAGGACCUGCGUUGUGGAAUGCGAUCAUGAGAUACACUUAUAGCAACUUCGCUACGCAGAUGUUCGGGCUCGAUGUCCCUGGCUCAACGGACCCAGCCAUCCACUACAUCCACGAGACCGGCGUAGCGCAAAUCUUUGGCACAUUACCUGGCUCAUACAUCGUCGACGUAUUGCCGUUCUUAGAUGCCUUGCCUUUGUUCAUGAAACCUUGGGAGAAAACGGGAAGAGCAAGGUUUCGUAGAGACCUCGAGUGGUCUACUGAGAAACUGCAGAGAGUCCAGGCGAUGGCAGAUCGAGAUGCUAUUCAAGACUCGCUCUUGUGCAAGAUCAUUGAAGAUGAGAAGUAUCUCGGAUUCCAGACUUUGGAAGAGGGAGCGUAUUUCUGCUUGAUGCUUACGGUCGGUGCUGCCGAUACAAGUCAGAUAUCGACGUGGUCUUUCAUCGAGGCCAUGUUGGAAUAUCCAGAAGUUCAAGUGAAGGCUCGUCAGGAGAUCGAGAAGAUCGUGGACGAUCGUAUCCCCGAGUUUGCGGACUAUGAUCGCAUUCCCUACGUCCGAUGUCUCGUGAAAGAAACCUGGCGCUGGAGACCGCCCGUCGGUCUCGGCCAUCCGCACGUAACGACUGCAGAUAUCCAGUACAACGGCAUGCGAAUCCCCAAAGGCUCUCACCUCCAUUUGAACGGCUAUGCGAUCCACCAGGACCCCAAUCGUCAUCCCGACCCCGAUCGAUUCUGGCCAGAACGAUACGCAGGGGACGAGACGUCGGUAAUGCAAAGCAUCAACGCCUCAGACGUCCGCGAUCGAGAUCACUUCGCCUUUGGAGCUGGCCGGAGGAUCUGUCCUGGGUAUAACGUCGCCGAACGAUCCCUUGCCGUGGCCAUUAUGCGAAUCUUGUGGGCGUUCGAGAUCAAACCCUCUCGUGAUGCGAAGCUGCCGCUCAAUAUCGGUGAUUGGAGAGGAGGCUUCCCAGGCCUAGCAGGGCCAAAGAUGCCGGUGUCGAUGGUGCCUUUGAGCGAGAAAAGGGUCGAUCUGAUCAAUCUGGCUUUCAAAGACGCUUCUUCUCACAGGACCAAAAUAGAACCGCUGGAUCCACAACGCAUGCCAUCGUCAAUAGAGAACUCCCAAAACGAGGUCAUGGCACAACAGCAGCAGCAGACCAACGACCUCGUCUUCGUGACCUACACCGAUGCGCCUACGCGCGCGGCGCGGACACGGGCUGUCAAGGAUCUUGUGCGGAAACAGGCUUUGAAGGCGUAUUAUUCGCCGCAGGGGAGCGAUCGGGUGGAGGAGAGGCGGAGGGAGAGCGAUGCGUUAGAUAAGCAGAGUAGGAAGAAGCAUAUGAAUCGGUUUCGGGUGAGGCGGGAUCAGGAGCUGGGGAAGGGGAAGGAGGAUGAGGAGAAGGUUAAGGGUGAUGGGGAUGAGGGGAAAGCGGUGGAUCCAAUCUUGUUGUCGAGGAGGGUGUAUGCUUUUGAGCCGUAUAUUUCUUCGCUGGGGCCGGGGGCGUGGGAGUUGUUGGAGUAUUUCCGCAACAGCUUCAAACUGAAAUCCAUGUCCAUACAUGGCGACAAAGAAUGGUUCUCCUUCACCAUGUCCGAGAACUCCAUGGCACAAGCAACCCUCUGCCUCGUCUCCCUAAACCGAGACUUCGCAAAGGGCACCGCCGUAUCUUCCGUGACCCUCCAUCACCGGGCUGCCGCAAUGGAACAGCUCAAGAACGAAAUCGACGGGACGAGAAUAGUCGACCGGGAGACUGUGGCUGGAACGGUAGCAAUCCUAGCCAUCGCAGAGGACAUGGAAGGGAACUUCACCAACUCCUCCGCGCACUUCGACGGCAUGGCGCAGAUCGCGAAAGCAUGCGGUGGGCUGAGGUGGUUCACCGGCGAGAGAUCGUGCAUGAUCCUCAAGAUCAUCGCUUGGGCCGACCUGCUCCACGCCGCCGCCUGGCUUUCAGAACCCCGUCUCUUGGGCUGGUUCGACAACAUUCUCGACCUCAACGCGACGGCCAUCGCGCCGCAGGACACGUCCGCGAGGCUCGGUGAUCCGCUCUUCCGCCUUGAGCUGGAGAGACUCACCUGUCCGCACCUUCGCGGUAUGAUGGAUAUCUUGCAUCACUUCCCUCAGCCGACUGCGAUGAAAGAGUCUCCGGAAGCGGAGCAGGCGCAUUGGAAGAGGUUGCUUCACAUGACCGAGCUGAUGGUCAAGCAGUUGAAGACAAGAAUCCCAUUCGAGGGCUCUAUACCCGCUCUAUCGAGGGCCUUCACUUCGGCAGCGCAGCUGUAUGUGCCUGCAGUGUUGAGGCAGACUCCCCUGCCUCGCGAUGCCGCGACCUCGUUGACUGAGGAGAUUGUGAGCGAACUAGCAGGACACCACAUCCGUGCGGACCCAGCGGAGGGAAGAUCACCGCGGAAUCUGCUCAUUCUCUGGACUCAAGUGAACCUUCUAGCUGCGCUGGGUGAGGUUUCUGAACGCGAAGCGCUGGCUUCUGAUUUCCAAGAAACGCUGUCAGCCAUGGAGAUAUACUCCGAAGAGGACCUCCUCGAGCAACUGUCCCGUAUCGCCUGGUCGGCGCCCUCGAUCGAUGAUGAGCUUGCCAGCCUCAUCUUGCCCCUUCAGCUCACAUAG